CCGCACAGUCCGAAUGCUCCAUUGCCAGAGACAUGACAUUGUGAAAAAUGCUCUAUAAAUUUGAGACUAAACUAAUAUUAAUGAAACUAUUAAAGUGACGCGUAUUAUGAGGGUAUGCCCGAAAAAUAAGAAGAUUAAAUUUUCACCAAUUUCUUAUGAGAAUAUUUUGGAUUCUGGACUAAAGUCGAUAUUCCAUUUUCGAGGUAUUGUCUGAUUUAAAUAUUGCGUGAUACUUCAAGAACUAGUUGAACCUUAAUUGAACAAAUUGUUGUUUUGGUGGUAGUUGAAGACAAAGGCCAAAUAAAAGCUUGAAGUUUGGUAUAUGAAGGAAGGUUUCAUCAUAACAUUUGGACCACCAUUCAUUUAAUUGAAAGAAACCUUUUUUCUAUAUUCCAAUGCCAAUAUUCAUAGGCAACCCCAAGAUUCAUAUAUACUUUUUUUUUUUAUAGUUAAUACUUGUAUUUGAAUUUCAAAUUAAUAAACAGUAUACCUUUCUUGAGUAUGUAGAAUUAAAGUUCCUUUCUUCUGUUACCUUUUUCAAACCUACAACCUUAGGCAAACAUAGAAAAUGUUUCCUAGUGCUCAAAGUUUUGAUACUAGUUUGGUUUUGUUGAUUGAUGUUUUUUUCAUUUGAAAUGGAUGAUCAAAAUGAGUCAAAUUCUCCUAAUACAUUGGUACAGUGUCGAAUAUGUCACGACGAAGACGAGGACUUAAACAUGGAUACACCUUGUUCUUGUUCUGGCACAUUGCAGUAUGCACAUAGAAUAUGUGUGCAAAGAUGGUGCAAUGAGAAAGGCGAUACUACUUGCGAGAUUUGCCUACAGCAACUUAAAGGCUAUACUGCUCCUCCACAAGCUCCUCUAUUCCACUAUAGGGGAAACUGGGAAAUUCCAAGAAUCGGUCUUAAUAAUCAUCCGUUCUUAGCAUUGUUUCCUGCUAAUCAUGAGUUUCUAGACUUUGACUUCGAAUAUUCAACUCCCUCUAGAAGGAGCCGUUUGUUCAUUCGCAUUGUUGCCAUCAUUUUUAUCGUUCUGCUGAUUUUGCGUCAUACGCUUCCAAUCAUAUUUAUACUCGACGGAGUAGAAGAGUCUUCUUUGACAGUGCUUACGUUGCUAAUGUGGGGAGUCACUGGAAUAACUGUACCAGUGUAUAUAAUGGUAAAAGCUUUUCAACAACUUCAAAACCAGGAUCAUAGUCCCCUUAUGCAAUUGCAAUCACAUGAUGAAAGAAACAUGAGGCAGUCUCAGUUGCGAGUCAUUCAUAUUCAGUGAUUUUAUGGUUUACAACAGAUGAAGAAAUGGACACGAGGAAAGACAUAUAUAGCAGAUGCAUAUCUAAAUCGAUGAGGAAAUUGAUGUAAAAAUGGGAUAUGGCAGAAGCAUACAUAAAUUGAUUAGGAAAUUUAUGUAGUUCAUGUUUGAAAAAGUGAAUCAACAUAACUAGAUGUUAUUGUACAUAAUGAUAAGUUUGUUCUUGUUGAAAUAUAAGCUCUAUAGCAAAUCAUCCUUUCAUGUAGUUCUGUCUACCAUUGGUUUAGGAAUUGGUUUAGAUGAACACAAACAUAUCAAACAUAUAGGGUUUAGGGUUUAUUCCGUGGAGACUUUG